AUGUCGGGACACCGGGUGCAGUUCGCCGACCUUCCCCCGAGCAAAGGCAGCCCUAAAUAUCACAGUAAUGCUCACCUUGAGAUGCAUUUAGUGACCCCUACAGUCUGUAAAUGUUACACACUGAGCUCCUGUAAGGAGGAGAUAAAGCCCCCCAGCAGGGCAGGACCACAGCUGUCGCCUUCUGACUUCCUGGACAAGCUCAUGGGGAGAACAUCAGGAUAUGAUGCCCGCAUCAGACCCAACUUCAAAGGCCCAGCUGUGAAUGUCACCUGUAAUAUCUUCAUCAACAGCUUUGGGUCCAUCACAGAAACUACAAUGGAUUACAGGCUUAAUGUAUUUCUACGGCAAAAUUGGAACGACCCUCGUCUGGCGUACAGCGAAUACCCAGACGACUCCCUGGAUCUGGAUCCAUCCAUGUUGGACUCUAUCUGGAAACCUGAUUUAUUCUUUGCAAACGAGAAAGGAGCCAAUUUCCACGAGGUCACUACUGAUAACAAGCUUCUACGGAUUUUCCAAGAUGGCAGCGUUCUGUACAGCAUUAGACUGACUCUAGUCCUGUCCUGCCCUAUGGACUUGAAGAAUUUCCCAAUGGACAUUCAGACCUGUACAAUGCAGCUUGAAAGCUUUGGUUACACCAUGAAUGACUUAAUCUUUGAGUGGCUGUCUGAAAACCCCGUUCAGGUGGCUGACGAUCUCACCCUCCCCCAGUUUGUGCUAAAAGAGGAGAUGGAUUUGGGCUACUGCACUAAGUCCUACAACACAGGUAAAUUCACCUGCAUUGAGGUGAAGUUCCACCUGGAGCGUCAAAUGGGCUACUACUUGAUCCAGAUGUACAUCCCCUCCCUCCUCAUCGUCAUCCUCUCAUGGGUGUCUUUCUGGAUAAACAUGGACGCUGCACCUGCUCGAGUGGGUCUGGGCAUCACCACCGUACUGACGAUGACCACGCAGAGCUCCGGUUCGAGAGCCUCUCUGCCCAAGGUGUCCUAUGUGAAGGCCAUUGAUAUUUGGAUGGCGGUGUGCCUCCUGUUUGUGUUUGCUGCCCUUCUGGAGUACGCAGCAGUUAACUUUGUUUCAAGGCAACACAAGGAGUUCAUCAGGCUGAGGAAAAGGCAGCGGCAGCAAAGAAUAAUGUUUGCCAGUCAGCAUGGGAGUGUUGAGUCGUUGCGGAAAGUGAGUGACCUCCCAGGUAACGGCUCAACCUACAGGAACCUGAAUCAGCACUGCAGCGCCUGUGCCAGGGAGGAGGAACUGGUGAGGGACAGCCGUGGUUAUUACUUCCGGGGUUAUGGAAUGGGUCACUGCCUGCAGAACAAGGAUGGCAACGCUGUGGAGACUGUGUUCACCCCCCCACCGCCGCCCCCUCCCCCUCCAGUCACCGUCUACGAUGGCGAGGUACUUCACAAGCGUUUUGUGGACCGGGCCAAGCGCAUUGACACCAUAUCCAGAGCCGUGUUUCCCUUGAGCUUCCUCAUAUUCAACAUCUUCUACUGGAUCACCUAUAAAGUGCUGCGACACGAGGACAUCCAUGCAAAUUUGUAGAACGCUCUCUGCCGACCCCAGUUAUUACAUUUUCUUUCUUUCUCUGAACCAAAACUGCCUGUCAGAUCUACAUUACAAUGAGGAAAUGUGUAAAGAGGCAUCCCUGCUUCUUAAAACCAUUGCUAAAAAAAACGUUGUGCUCAGGUGUGUUUUCAGGAUCUCAGAAGAAGAGUGAUUAAGCGGAAAGACAAAGUUAAGCUGCGUGGAUUCAGACUGGUGUCGUUUGUGAUUCUCGCGUUCCUGUCUUGGUUUGAUUCAUCCGCAUUACAACAGAGACAAAUCACUGCUGGUACUUGUGGGUUCAUGACCUUUGUAGGAGAUGAUGAGACCUGAUGUUGAUCCUGGCUGAAUGAGAUAUACUGACUUGAAUUUUGCAAUGCGUAUCUUUGAAUGUUUUUGAAAAUUUGAAAAAGAUUAAAAAGGGAUUUUUUUAUACCUUUAGAAUAUCUUGUGGUUAGGAAUUGGUGCGGGGGGAGGAAUGGGUCUUUGGGAUUUAUUCAUAUUCAAUAAGCGAUGAUAAUACAAUUAAGAUUAUAUAUAUAUAUAUAAAUAUAUACAGUGUAUAAAGUGUAUAUUAA